GUGUGACUGCGCAUGCGUCGCGCCGCAGACUGCGAGCCCGGCUUGAAUCGAGGAGGAAGCGCAGCUUAUUUGGCCUCAAUUGCUUCUGUGUCUGAGUGAGGACGAAUGAACCACCGUGCACCUGACGUAUUCUCUCAUCGGGACGGAAAACCGGACAGAACCGCGCGGCCGUGUGUUUCUGGAGUGUUUCAACACAAAGCCUCAAUGGAGUCUGAUGGGAGGAGAGAGCAGCUGAAGACUGACCUCAAACACUGAGACGGUCUCAACGAGGAUCCGAGCUUUCCCACUAUGGAUCCCAAGAGAUUGGUGUCUUUCUGGAUUGCAUGUAUAUGCUUCUUGUUGGAAUGUCGAGCGGACAAAUCCAAUCCUGUAAGCCCAGACCCCUUACCAUCGGACAACAGUGUCUCAGAGUUUUGCCGCAUUGACGAGCUGCUCUGCCAGGAUGAGAUCGCCAUCCUCAGUUUUGAGGCCAUCCGCAGCAUUCACAAGCAAAUGGACGACGAUGCCAACGGCAAUGUGGAUGUUUCGGAAACCGAUGGGUUUUUAAGAGAGGACCUCAACUACCAUGACCCCAAAGCCAAGCACAACAGUUUCCACGGUGACGACCAGCUCAUAAGCGUGGAAGACCUGUGGAAUGCCUGGAAGAGUUCAGAAGUGUAUAACUGGACCGGUGAUAAGGUUGUGGAGUGGCUUACUGACUAUGUCGAGCUGUCACAAUAUGAAGAAGCCUUCCGGAAGUUUAAUUUCAAUGGUACAUCCAUGCCCCGAUUGGCGGUAAAGAAUGUUACUUUGACACAGACCGUCCUGAAGAUUCUGGACCGGAGUCACUUUCAGAAACUGCAGCUCAAGGCUCUGGAUACCGUUCUGUUUGGAGCUCCUAUGAUGAACAGACAUAACCAUCUGAAGGACUUCAUGCUGGUGGUGUCAAUAGUCAUCGGAAUGGGAGGCUGCUGGUUCGCUUACAUCCAGAACCGCAGUUCUAAAGACCACAUGAAGAAGAUGAUGAAAGACCUGGACAGCCUCCAACGGGCAGAGCAGAGCCUUCACGACCUACAGCAGAAGCUACAGAUUGCUCAGGAGGAGCAUCGUUCAGUGGAGGUGGAGAAGGUGAAUCUGGAGCAGAAGCUGAGGGACGAGAUCAACGCUGCCAAACAAGAAGCGCAGAGACUGAAGGAGCUCCGAGAGGGAACUGGGAACGAGUUGAGCCGACAGAAAUACGCAGAGGAGGAACUGGAGCAGGUGCGUAUGGCUCUGAAGAAGGCAGAGAAGGAACUGGAGUCUCGCAGCAGCUGGUCUCCUCCUGAAGCCCUGCAGAAAUGGCUGCAGCUCACUCAUGAGGUGGAGGUGCAGUACUACAACAUCAAGAAACAGAACGCAGAGAGACAACUGCAGGUGGCCAAAGAGGGGGCAGAAAAAAUUAAGAAGAAGAGAAAUACUUUAUUCGGGACAUUCCACGUGGCCCAUAGUUCUUCACUGGAUGAUGUGGAUCACAAAAUACUUGCAGCCAAGCAGGCUCUGGGUGAGGUAACUGCAGCUCUGAGAGAGCGACUCCAUCGUUGGCAGCAGAUUGAGUUCCUAACAGGCUUCACGCUGGUCAAUAACCCAGGCCUGCCCUCUCUGGCCUCUGCCCUCAACCUGGACCCCAGCUUCAUGGGCGCCCGCGGCACACCCCAGCACUUCAUGUCUGAAGACAUGGAUGACAUGGAUGAGGACAUAGUGUCACCGGGAACACUCCAGUAUGCAGCAUGGCUAAUGGGCCGCCGAGCAAGUGAUCUCUGGUCUUUGAAUUCGGAUUGCCAGUCGUUUUGGAAAUACUCUGCUCCCAGUAUGAUGUCACUCCGGCAACGGCACAUUGACCCACAGCUGGCCAUGGGUUCACAGAGGUUGGUAGACAGUUGUGUCGCACAUGGUAGGCAGGAAGGGGAGGGUAGCUUGUACUCAUCCAGGUCUAGGACAGCGAUACGCCAGGCGCGCAGCCAUUCUUUUGGGCAGUUUGACGCUCUGGGACUGCCUCCUCUUUCCUCAGCAGUGUCUCAUCCUGCUAUCUACUUCGCUGCCUCAUCCCACACUCCUCACUCCUCUUCUGUCGCUACUGCCCCUCAUGCAUCCCACUAUCACUCUUCACAUUUCCAGCCCAUGGACACCAUCCCAGACCUCCCUUAUGAUGCCAGCCCAGAGUGCCGCCUCCGUUCCGGAAGCUAUGGGGACCUAAAUCGAUCGGACUCUGAUUCUUCCUUGGUUAUAUCCCAGACUGGAGAGCAGCUACGCCUGUCCUACAGUUCCAAAGGCUUCCCUGUGAGGCCCACUUCACUCCUGCAUGGCCCCAUUUCACGCUCUGAAGAGGGGGCCCACUCCCACGCACACAACGGAGGCAACAGAGUUCACGAUGGGGGCGCAUCUCCAGAUGGAGUUCCUGAUAGUCCUAUAUUAAUGAAGAAGGUGUAUACCAUAGAGAAAUCUGCCAGUAUGAGCGAGAUCCACGGCUCCCAGGCAGGGAUGUCCAUGUCAGAAUCCUCACGCUCCUUAAGCCCAAACUCCACUGAGCCUGAUACGCCAUCCCCCAUUGGACUGACUGGGGGCAAGGCUGGAAACCGCAUACCCCAGAUCUCCUCAAAAAAGAGCCCCCUGGAGGAGGACAGUGGCUCCACAGGUGAAGACACUGACUCUGUUGCCAGUCGCAAGAAACAUACCUUCAAGAUCUUCAAAAAACAGAAGAAAUAAGACAACUGGACAACAGUUUUGUUUUUCCCUUACUUUUCUUUGUCGUAUUGUUGAUAAAUGUUUUUGAUUUAUUUUUUUCCCCAAGUUAUGGCACAACCAAAUCCUUUCCAAGGUCUUUAUAGAAAUGUUUGCCUUUUCAGAGGAACACUUAGGAACAAGCAUGGUUUUGGGGUAGGAUGGGAACAAUAUACCAGUGGGAAAAGGGUGGAACUUUUUUGGGGGGAAUGUAAUGCAUUAUUUAUUCAGCAGGAGACAGUGCCAGACUUUCAAAGAAAUCUUCCCUCUGAUGGACGUUUCUUUCCAUGUAUAAUCUGUAUCAGUUUGCAUGUCUUCGCCUUUGUUUGAUUGAACUUUGAAUGCACCUAGAUGUUUGCUUGUUUCUUGUUCCCCCUUGCUUACAACACGAAAUAGCCUGGUUCUUUUGUUUCUGUUAGCACACUCUAAUGUCUUUCAAGAUCAAAGUAAUUGUCAGCGAAACGUUUAAUGGUAUUCUUGGAUAAGUGUUUGUCGAUUGGUCAGAGAAACCGUAAAAGGGCUGAACUAUCAGUGUGAAACUCCCCUCAAUUAUGUUGCACUAUCUCUUAAUGUUGAUGCAUCGGUUUUGUAAAGAACAUUUAGAAUAUGCUGGAAUACGCACUAAAACGUUUACACAAACCAUGACAAUGAACGUAUCUUCAAGGAUUCAGGGAUUUCUAGUAUGUUGGAGAAUUACACGAUUAGAACAUUUGAUCAUUGUUGAUCAUUCCAAAUCAUUUAGAAAAUGCAAGAUGGUUCAUGAAUAUGCGCAUUAAUGUUUUUUUGAGCAUUUACUCUUAAACAUGCCCCUGUUGACUUUAAUGACAUCAUCCAAAAUCCAAGUUCCCAAAAACAGUGAAUUAACACUACACUUUGUUCAAAUUAUAGAGUAAUUACAGUUUCAGCAGAUCUUUUAUUCAAAGUGCCAGACUAAAACCACCAUCCAGAAAAUGUAUACACACUAAAGGUUUUGUUAGAUCACUGAUCUGAGAUCUCAUCUUAAAUAGGUUUACUGUAAAGAUGCAGAUUUUCCUAAUCAUGGUGGAAGGGUGGGUCUACAUCUGGCAUUUUUGAAAGAGAGCUUGGAUGUAUUUUGUUAAGUCUCAGAAUUUUUUUUGGACACACAAUUUGUCGAAUCCUUGAUUUCAGGUGCUCUUUUAUGUCACUUUAAAGCUAGACCAUACGCAAUUGCUGUUAUAAUUGAGUGACUUGCCUUUAAAUGUUCAGAAGUUCAGGCAGACGGAUUUUACCACUGUGCAUUUUUUAAGGAAGUGGAGGCCAGUCUCUGUUCUUCUUGUGGUUUACAUGGUCUUUUUUUUUUAAUCCCAGUGUACUAAAAAUUUCAAGCACACUUUCUGAAAAGAGAGGGGGGUUAAGAAUCAAAAGGCUUCGUGAGGGAUGUCACUAUGCAUUUUAUUUAAUUUUUUUUUACCCACCGGCUUUAAAGGUCCUACGUAUCCAUGAACCUGGAGGCAAACCAAAGCAGUGCUGCACGAAACAUGUCAUUUCUUUUGUGAAAGAUGGUACAAGACCACAUCCAAAUGUGUAUCAACCAAUCAGUCUUUAACAGAUAUACAACUGUGCAGAUUGUUUUUUCUUUUGCACGAAGAAGCUCUUUUGUCAGUGAGUAUGUCAGUGUGUGCGCAUCAGUCCGGUCCAGUAAACUGCACUUUGCCGUGUUGAUGCAUGUUCUCAACACCAGUUCUCAAACAUGGACAGGGGAGAGACAGGAGCUGUUUUAGACUCUGUUGCCCUUAAUAUAUUUCUUCUCACUUCUCUGUUUGAGCUAUUUAUGCCUAUACUGUACAUAAAGAGGUGAAGAAACAAAGUAAAUUUAUCACUUUGCAUCUUCUGUAAUGUUCAAAACUGUAGUCUUCAAAUUUUAUGGCACUCCUGCAUGAAAGCAAUAAAUAAAAAAUAAAAAAUUAAA